AGAGGCAGCCAGAAGGAUGCAUGAGGUGGCCGAGGAAGAGGCAGUCAGAAGGAUGCAUGAGGUGGCCGAGGAAGAGGCAGCCAGAAGGAUGCAUGAGGUGGCCGAGGAAGAGGCAGCCAGAAGGAUGCAUGAGGUGGCCGAGGAAGAGGCAGUCAGAAGGAUGCAUGAGGUGGCCGAGGAGGAGGCAGUCAGAAGGAUGCAUGAGGUGGCCGAGGAGGAGGCAGUCAGAAGGAUGCAUGAGGUGGCCGAGGAGGAGGCAGUCAGAAGGAUGCAUGAGGUGGCCGAGGAGGAGGCAGUCAGAAGGAUGCAUGAGGUGGCCGAGGAAGAGGCAGUCAGAAGGAUGCAUGAGGUGGCCGAGGAGGAGGCAGUCAGAAGGAUGCAUGAGGUGGCCGAGGAGGAGGCAGUCAGAAGGAUGUAUGAGGUGGAAGGGUCCAGAAGCGUGGUUGUGGCAGAAGAAGAAAUGAGUGGCGCAGGGAUACAAAUGGCGGAAGAAGUUGCGUGGCGAACUUGUGGUUGGGAGUCUGUUGUUGAUGUUGAAGAAAUCUCGACAAGUGAUGAUGAAGUUUUUAGCCUUGAGGGCAUUGAACAGGUCGAUGCGUUGGGCUCCGUUGUUGGGAUGGAACAGAAUUGGCGCGUUUGCAUUGAGGCUGAGGAUCGAGGUCUUGGGAGUGAUGCCGUUGAAUGCAAAACGGUGUAUGAACCCCGUUCUACCGUGUGCAGCCUUUCUUUUUGGGAAGCCAUGCCUGUUGAUGAGGAGGAAGAGGCGCUGCAAGGGCCUGUGGAAGCGGAAGGAUCUCAGCGGGAUGUUAUGGUUGACGCGCGUGAGGAAUGGAGGUUUCUAGCGAAGUCUCGUUUUGGGACGACUGAGGAGGAACGGAUAUUAUCGGCUUCGAGAAGUUACAGCGAUGAGUACAAGUGGCGGAUGCUGAAGAUGGUUAAACCGCCACCCGAUACACAACCGCCCAAGCCAUUUAUUGGAUUUUCUUUAGCCGAGUUUCUUGUUGAGUCGUUCUUAAAGGUUGAUGGCUUGUAUGUGAAUGGACCCGCGUAUCAAGUCGGAAUUCGUAUUGACGACAUACUUCUUAGUAUUGAGGGGGACCGUGUUACGAGUAUCACUGAGGCUCGAAGGGCCGUGUCGAGGCACUGCCGUGUCGGUUGUCUGACGGACCUGACGCUUCAGCGAUCCGAUGGUGCGGUGUAUACUGUCUCUCUCUGGGUGAUGACCGCGGAGCCGCGUUUCAAGGAGGAACCAUACUUUUUUGAUGUUAGUCAACACAAUCGUUUUCAGCGCCACCGUGAGACGACCGUGAUUGAAGGUACAUCAAGAAAAUAG